AUGGCCGAUAAGAAACUGAAAGCCAAAGAAUUAAAGCGAAAAAACGUCGUAGAAGGAUUGAAGCGCAUAGAGGAUUUCUUGAAGAAGUAUGAUCCAACCCAGCAUGCCCGGGAAGUCGGUUUGAGAUUGGAACGAUUGGAGAAACUGAUGGAAGUCUUCGAAGCAGUUCAAUCUGAAUAUGAGCUGCUCGAUGAAACGGAAGAAUUCAUGAAGGGGAACUUGGAGUGUCGUGCUAAGAUCGAGGAACAAUAUUUCCGCGUAAAGGCUGGUUUGUUGACGAGAAUGCCCGAGGUUGCCACACCGUUAUCGUCCGCUGUAUCCUCUAUGAAUGUACAACCGCCCACUUCGUCUCCGCUAUCUAAUGUGAAGUUGCCCACGAUCACGUUACCGGAAUUUACCGGCGAUUUUAAUGAUUGGCUUACCUUUCAUGACACAUUUGUGUCGAUGAUUCAUACGUCGAACGAGAUUUCAUGCGUGCAGAAAUUCCACUAUCUCAGGGCCGCAUUGAAAGGAGAGGCUGCGAAUUUAAUUCAAUCGAUCACAAUCACCGCCAAUAACUACGCUGUAGCUUGGGAAACGCUAGUACAACGAUAUUCCAACAAGAUUUUGUUGCGGAAGAAACAUAUUCGGGCGCUUUUGAAGUAUCCCAAGAUACCCAAUCAUUCCGUCGAAGCUUUACACAAAAUAGUGGAUGAAUUUCAGAGGCACACGAAGGUGUUAGAGCAGCUAGGCGAACCUAUCGCCCAGUACAGUUCCAUAUUAAUGGAAAUUCUGGAGGACAAGUUGGACGACGCCUCUCUAGCGGCUUGGGAGGAAUCCAUUUCAUCGGAUCAGCAGCCAACCUAUGAAAAAAUGAUAGAAUACCUGCAGAAAAGAGCUCGUGUAUUGGAGACCAUUCUCAUUAAUCGACCAAAUCCGUCGUCGUUAUUAUCGAAGCCCGCGGCUGGAAGUUCAGGAAGUAAGAAGCACUAUCAUCCCCGCCUGAAUAUUAACGCUGCAGUAACGGACGGAGCAUCUGGAAAAAUAUUUCCAAUGUGCCCUGCUUGCGAGAAGCAAAAACAUCCGCUCGUGGAUUGCGCUGUGUUCAAUGGAAUGAAUGUGACAGCUCGAUUGAAGGUGGUGUAUGAUAAACGACUCUGUAGUAAUUGCUUCCGGAAUGACCAUUAUGCGAGACGCUGCCGCUCCAAGUUCAGCUGUAAGCAUUGCUCCAAGCGGCAUCAUUCGAUGAUUCACCCAGGACCGGCCGAGAAUCGUCAAGCUGAUGCAGACAUAAGAAACCAGAUGACAAUGCCCUCCUGUGAAAAUCAACAACCGAGUCCAAAUCCAAUGGUGUCUGCUGUUGCUGCCGCAGUACCUACUAUUGAUACGUACACUAGCUUAGUGCUAGCGAAUCCCGCAGUGAAGGUGACUCACACGAAUGUAUUAUUGUCAACGGUUGUUCUAUUGGUCGUCGAUCCAUACGGACAAGAACACGUCGCCCGAGCGUUGCUGGAUUCUGGCUCGCAGCCGAAUGCCAUCAGCGAGCGUUUAUGUCAGCAGUUACACCUAGCCCGCAGACCAAUCAACAUCCCAAUAUCUGGCAUAGAUGGUACAGUCACGAAUGCCAAGCAUCAAGUGCAGGCAGAAAUACGUUCCCGAGUUUUCCCAUUCCAGCAAACACUAGACUUCUUAGUCCUACGUAGAGUAACAUGUGAUACACCUCCCGUUUCAUUCAAUACGUCGUGCUGGAAAAUUCCAGAAACUCUACCGUUGGCUGACCCCGAAUUCAACGUGACUCAUCGUAUAGAUAUGAUACUUGGAGCAGCACAAUUCUUCGAUUUUAUCCGUGAAGGAAAAGUUCGUUUGGCGGUCAAUCUCCCCAUGCUGAUAGAAACCGUAUUCGGUUGGAUAGUGUCUGGUAUCGUAAAGGAAACGAACGAAGCGGAACGAAUCCCGGUAGCUUGUCAUGUGGCGACAGUUACACCCGUGGACCAAUUGCUCGAACGGUUUUGGAGAGUAGAGGAGAUUAACGGAUCAAACUUUUCGCUCGAUGAGCAACGAUGCGAGGAACUAUUCAGAGAAACUGUAUCCAGAGAUGCCGAUGGUCGAUACAUCGUUAAAAUGCCGAAGCAACCACAGUACGAGAAAAUGAUUGGCGCUUCGAAAACGAGCGCUUUCCAACGGUUUCGCUGGUUGGAGCGAAUGUUGGAUAAGAAGAAGGAAUUAAAGUCACAAUACCACGACUUCAUGAGAGAGUAUCUCGCAUUAGGCCACAUGCGCGAGGUUCCAGUGGAUGAUGAUUGCCGUCUUCUUGAAUGUUACCUCCCGCACCAUCCCGUCGUAAAGGAAUCGAGCUCCACGACGAAAGUGCGAGUAGUGUUUGAUGGUUCUGCUAAGACGAGCACUGGGAAAUCCCUAAAUGAUUCUCUUCUCGUGGGUCCAGUUGUCCAAGACGACAUCGUUACAAUUAUCGUGAGGUUUCGACAGUUUCCAGUUGCCCUAGUGGCAGACGCCGAAAAAAUGUAUCGCCAAGUGUGGAUGAACCCUAUAGACCGGCGACUGCAGAGAAUCGUAUUCCGCUUCGACAUAAGCCAACCCAUCAAGAUCUACGAGCUAGCUACAGUCACAUACGGUCUAGCCCCAUCAUCGUUUCUAGCUACGCGUACAUUAUUGCAACUGGUGAACGACGAAGGUGCAGCCUACCCAAAUGCAAGCAAGGCAGUCAAGAAGAACAUUUAUAUAGAUGACUACAUAGGUGGUGAAUUUUCUAUCGAAGCUGCAAUUCAACUUCAAUCGGAGCUAAUGCAGUUGAUGCAGAAAGGUGGAUUCCAUCUACGCAAGUGGGUUUCAAAUUCACCGGAUGUGUUGGCCAAAAUACCUCAGGAGCUUCUCGGCACUCAGUCUGCUCUCAAGUUCGAUCAGGACGAAACGAUAAAAACUCUCGGAAUACUCUGGGAACCGGAGGCUGACGUAUUUCGAUUUAACGUAUCCGUUUCUUUGGAGUCUCGAGAGGCAACGAAGCGCAGCAUAUUGUCGGCCAUUGCACAACUCUUCGAUCCACUGGGUCUGGUGUCCCCGGUCAUUGUACAGGCGAAAAUAAUGAUGCAGCACCUGUGGCUUUUGUCGUUGAAUUGGGAUGACCAGGUGACGCCGGAGAUGCAACGAAAAUGGGACCGUUUUUGUCAGCAACUACCACAACUUUCCGAUUUUCGCAUUGAUCGAUGCGCUUUCAUGUCCCAUUUAAACAAUGUAGAAAUACACACGUUCGCGGACGCCUCAGAUGCAGCAUACGGGGCAUGCGUGUACGUGCGUUCCGAAGCUACGGAUGGUAGUAUCAAAGUGAGCUUGCUAGCAUCCAAAUCGAGGGUUGCCCCUCUUAAAUGUUUGAGUAUCCCCCGGCUUGAAUUAUGUGCUGCACUUGUCGGUGCCCGUUUGUAUGAGAAAUUGAUCCUCGCCCUAGAUGUUCCUAUAAAAGCUAGCCACUUUUGGAGUGAUUCGACGGUUGUUUUGCAAUGGAUGAAAUCCCCCCCUCGAACAUGGAGGACAUUUGUGGCAAAUCGUAUUUCUGAGAUUCAGUCCACUACUCAUGGUUCGAAAUGGAUGCACGUUGCUGGGGAGGAGAACCCAGCAGACUUAGUAUCACGAGGAGUUUCAGCAAACGAGCUAGUAACCAGCGACAAGUGGAAAUAUGGUCCUAGCUGGCUUCGCAAGCCUAAAUCCUCAUGGCCUUCGCAAGUGUAUGAAGCAAUUGAUUUCCCUGUGGAGGAACUCGAGCAGAAAAAGACGGCUAUACUGGCAACGAUCACAGCAUCACCCAAUUCUCUAUUUCUACGAUAUUCACGCUAUCUUCGAUUAUUGAACUUGGUCGGAUUCGUUCUUCGUUUUGCAAGGAAUGCGCGAUGUAAACCCGAAAAUCGAUACCGUGGCAAAGUGUUAGACGCUGCAGAGAUUAUGGCUGCGAAACUCGUGUUAUCCAAGCUUGUACAAAAGGAAUCGUUUCCCGACGAACUUAAACUGCUUCAACUAGGCAAGCGUGUAUCCAGUAAAUCGAAGCUGCGUUUGAUGAAUCCCUACCUGGAUGCCGAUGGCCUUAUACGCGUUGGUGGCCGGCUGCAGCGUUCGAGGGAAGCUUUCGACGUACUGCAUCCUAUUGUCCUACCUGGUUUUCAUCCCUUUACGAGACUGGUCAUCAAGCAUCAUCAUGAAAAGCUGGUUCAUAGCGGAAUUUCGACAACACUAGCCGUCGUAAGAGAUGAAUUUUGGCCCCUCAGUGGCCGAAGAGCUGUGACAAGCGUACUUCGUAAAUGCUUUCGAUGCUGCAGAGCAACUCCUCAUCCGAUUGAGCAGCCAAUUGGCCAACUGCCAGCCGCUCGUGUUACAGCGGGUGAAGCUUUUGAAUGCACCGGCGUCGAUUAUUGCGGGCCAAUUUAUCUGAAGCCCGCGCAACGAAAAGCUCCAUCGAGAAAAGCUUAUAUAUGUGUCUUAAUUUGCCUAAGUACGAAGGCAGUUCAUUUGGAGCUGGUAGGUGAUCUUUCUACUACUACGUUCCUAAUGGCUCUGAAUCGUUUCAUUUGGAGAAGGAAUAAGCCAAAACACAUCUACUCCGAUAACGGGACAAAUUUUAUUGGAGCGAAAAAUGCCCUACAUCAACUAUAUUGUAUGCUCCAGCCAGGCUCUGCACAAGACAACAUCAAACAGAAUCUUGCGCAGGACGGUAUCCAGUGGCAUCUAAUCCCUCCCCGGGCACCAAACUUCGGCGGACUAUGGGAAGCCGCGGUGAAGGUGGCCAAGAAGCAGCUUGUGAGACAACUCGGCGACGCAUUGCUGACCUACGAAGAAUUGGUUACCGUGCUCGUGUCCAUAGAAGGAAGUAUGAAUUCUCGUCCUCUAAUGCCGUUGUCGGAUGAUCCCAACGAUUGCCGCGCAUUGACACCAUCACACUUUCUGGUCCGGAAUAUGAUCCGACCGCUUCCCGAACCUGAUGUUCGCAACAUUCCACUGAAUCGUUUGGGACAGUAUGAGCGACUCCAAUCCUAUUCGCAAAGGUUCUGGCAUCAGUGGAGAAGCGAAUACUUGAAGGAAUUGCAGGUGCUGUACAAAACCAAUCCCAAGCAGUUUAAAAUCGACGUUGGCAGCAUAGUUAUCUUGAAGGACGACGCUCUACCCCCAGCUAGAUGGCCUCUAGCUCGGGUCGUUGACACGCAUCCUGGACCAGAUGGUAUUACACGUGUGGUGAGCGUGUUUCUUCUUUCUACCACAAGUGACUGUCUGACCGAUAUCGCGCCAUCAGACAAGAUAGGCCGACAAGGUACCGAAGGGUUACCAGGGCUACAUUGUUGUACGCGCGAUGCGUGUACCACGUACCCCGACAUACAAACAGCAAUAAAAGCUGUUGGUUCGUUUCCCUCUAAUCGGCUUAAACUUUACAACCCUAACGGGACCCAUCGGUGGAACUCGGCUGGUUGA